UUCACCUGCACGCUUUUGGGUUUGAUGAAUUUGUGAUAUUUGUUGGAUUAAUUAAAAUGGACAAUACAUGUCAUAGGUUUGGUUGCUACAUGUUACAUGUAGAGAAUAUAUUGUUACAUGUAUAACUAUGGCUUCAAUUUUGCAGUGAGCAAAAGCCAGAAGCCCCUAACUCUUGAAUAUGAAGUAUGGAAAAUGCAAACAAUUGGCAAAGGCGGUCCUUUCCACACCCGUUUGAUGAAGGAAAACAUUAAGACUGUCAGGGACUUCUUAACUCAAUACUUUUUGAGCCAUGAAAAGCUACUCAGUGUAAGAAUUUAUUCCCUUGCUAUCACUUCAACCACGAAAUUAAACUACUCUUUCCAUAAAUAUAAUUUUACGGCUUACUAUAGAUUAAAAUUUGACAUGAUCAACCUGCCUCUUUCCAUAUAUCUCUUUUUGAUGAAGGUUCAUCAAACGCAAACUUUCCUGAUAGUACCGUUGCCGAUUCUAUCCAUAACUAAUGUGAACGGUAAAAGUAACUGGACCGGUACGUAUUUAUUUAUUUAUUUAUUUAAUUAUAAGGGGCCACACAUAUAUUAGUCUCCGUUGCCACAAAUUAUGAUGUAGAUUCAACAAUUUGGGCCGACCUUAGUCAAACACCCCUCCAAAAUGCAAUGGAGGCCUAGGCUUUAUUGAUCAUCCAUUGACCCCGUCCAGGUAAGUGGAUCAGUACGUAGUUGCUGAAGUAGUUAAACAUAUAUUGUAAAGGAGAGGAGGCAAAUUAUAUCUUAGCUCCCUAAUUUUUCCGCACUUACCGUCUCUUGGCGAGGCGCGCGGUUCAAGCUGUAGCGUCUAUGGAUUGAACCCAAUGAAAUAAUUCUGACCGGAUAUGAAAGUUACACUUGCUUCGUUUCAUCUGCUGAUCCUUGGCAGGGGUAUGCACGCCAAGAAAUUGGAUGCGGCAGUUAAUACGGCAAAGAGUAAACUUGACUUGAAAAGAUACGUGUAUCCUUCUGUCCAUAAUUCCCAGCAAAAUGUGAAAUCAGUGGUAUUUACUGAUGUGGGAGAAGUGAUUGGAGUUUACCAAGAUGGCCACUUGGUGUCAGUCGAGAAUCUCUCUGGAACUCAAAAGGCUUAUGCUAUGGAGCUGGUAAAAACAGCGUUUCAAAAUGGCCAAAACAUCAAGCUUUUGGAUGAUGAUACUUUUAAAAUGCUUUGCUCUUCCACUUCACCAAUUGCUGUUGUUGAUGGCGCUAAUGGAUUCUCUUUUGAGGCUUAUUGUCCCACUGACACACAGCAGCAACCAGUGCCUAAUGCUUAUGAUGUUCCCAGCACAAGUAUUAUAAAUAAUUAUGACUCCAAAAACCAAAUUAAUAGCUCACCAUCUCUUACCAUUGAAGUGCCAGAUCCGUUUAUGUAUGACUAUUUAAAUUACCAUCCUCUUCCUGAAAGCAUCUGGGAUAAUUAUUAGAUCAUUGUUUCAUUGGUUAAUCUGUUAGUAGCUUGUAAUAUAGAAGCCAAAAUAAUGAGAAUUAUUUAAGGAUGAUUUGUUUAAAAGCUAGUAUGUAGAGAUUAGUAUUGCAUAAUAGAUUGUAGUGUCUAAUCACAAUACGUAGAUUGUAUUAUAGGUAUUAGUUAUUGUUGGAUGUUUGGUUAUGUUGUAUUAAAAAUUAA